AUGGGAAACUUUCAUCUGAGUGAUGGGGGUGAGGUGCUCAAGCUGUACAGUGAAGUUGAGGCUGCCUGUUUGGAUGUUUUAAUGAAAGACCCUCUGAGACCCUUUGUGCCACAGUACUAUGGCUUGGUCACCAGAGGAGAGCUCUGUUACAUUCGCCUGGAAGACCUGCUGAAUGGUCUCAAGAGGCCAGUUAUAAUGGAUUGUAAGAUGGGAGUCAGAACCUACCAGGAGGAAGAAGUAAUGAAAGCACAAACUAGAACCCUGCUACGUAAUGACAUGUAUCAGAAGAUGGUCAAAGUGGAUCCUUCAGCGCUGUCACCAGAGGAGCAUGCUCAGAUGGGAGUGACCAAGUGGAGGUACCUUCACUGGAGGGACACCACCAGCUCCACCUCUACACUGGGCUUUCGCAUUGAGGGCAUCAUGAUGGAGGAUGGACAUAUUCGGCGAGACUUCAAAAACAUUGUGACAUUAGCUCAAGUAACAGAGACUCUGCUUUUCUUUACCAAAAAACAGUUGGAUGUCCUGAAAGCAUAUCAUUCAAGACUCCUGGCCCUAAAUGAUGCCCUGAAGUGUUCACCAUUUUUCAGAAAACAUGAGGUGAUCGGAAGCUCUCUGCUGUUUGUCCAUGACCACAGCAAUAAGGCCAGUGUUUGGAUGAUAGAUUUUGGAAAAACCACACCUAUUCCAGAAAUAAGUGAACUUAAACAUAAUGUGCCAUGGACUCAAGGCAGCAGAGAGGAUGGCUAUCUCCUGGGUCUCACUUCCCUCAUCACCUCGCUGAGUCAGGCCAUAAGUAAAGCCUCUUGGCAAAAGACUGAGGGCGACAUAACCUGUUGUACAGAAUAA